AUGAAUGAAAUAGUAUGUGUUACACUUGGUGAUAGAUCAGUUGGUUUAAAAAGCCUUCUUAUAACAUAUACAACGAAUGUGUAUCCUGCUGACUACGUACCUAGUGUUUGGGAUAACUAUACACAAAAUAUCAUACUGGAUGGUGAAUUUAUAAAUUUAUCACUAAAUUCUGUGGCAUGUCAAGAUGAUUAUAAAAGAUUUCGACCACUCACUUACGAGAAAGCGAAUGUAUUCCUCUUGGGGUUUUCUAUUGGGCAUCCAGAAAGUUUGGAAAAUCUUCAGAAAAUUUGGGUACCAGAAAUAAGAAAAGCAUGCCCCCGUACACCUAUAGUGAUAGUGGGGUUAAAAAAAGAUCUUCGAAAUGAUCCUGAUUGUAUUAAGGUGUUAGAGCAGAAACAUCUUAAACCCAUAUCUUAUUCUGAUGGGGCAGCAGUAGCUGAACAAUUAGGAGCAGCCAAAUAUAUUGAAUGUUCUGCUUUAAAACACGAAGGAGUUAAAGAAGUAUUUGAGGAGGUAAUCAGAGCCUUUAACGCCCAUCAUAAUAGAUAA